GACCACCACAUGAAAAUCAAAAAGCCCACACUUUUCUCUUCAACAAAAUACAUCUCAUACAAUUCAACACUAUAUAUAAAGGCAGAGAAGUUAAGGUACAAAUAACUUUAUUUCUACACACAAUAUAUAGAUAUUAAUGAUAUUCAUAGAUUCACACCAAAACAACAAAUGAUCUUGAGUUUCUCUAUCCUUUAUUACAACCUUUUCCUAUACCUUCUCCAAGGCCUUAUUAAAAAGGUAAUCACCACUUGCAUGGCUCUAACCCUAAACUCUCCACCUCCUUCAAAUCUCUCAUGGGUCAGGUCGCUUUUCGUUGGACCUCUAACAGUUGAUAAUUCUCACGAUGAUCAUAACCAUCAUGAACACGACAUUAAGAACAUUGAGGCGCACAAGGAAGAAGAAGAAGAUAUAAAUCUACAUCGUCUCUAUCAUCGCGAGAAUAUUCAUAACGGUGCAAGAUCAGAAAAGUUGCGGUUGAUAGGGAUUGCAACCAUGAAAGAAAACGAAGGUCUUGAAAUUAACUAUAAUAAUCAGUGCUACUUAUUGUCAGACAAUAAAGGAUCGGUCAGCAGCGAUGGCGGCGAUUGCAAGGCUAAAGAGGCCGCUAGUUGCAGGUUACGAAAGAGGCCUUCAAGGCUGGUUGUGCCGGAAUACCUGGCAGGCCAAGAAUUUUGUGAAAAUGGUAGAACAAGAAAGUUUGAGAACGAAGAAGUUGAGGUUGAAGGCAGAGAUUUCUCUUUGGUAGCAAAAAAAGGAAUGAGGAUGUCUAUGGAAGAUGGAUAUGGAGUUUUGCUUGAUAUUAUGGGAGAUCCAAAGCAAGCCUUUUUUGCAGUAAUGGAUGGGCAUGGAGGGUGUGCAGCCACUGAUUAUGUUGCUGAAAAUUUAGGAAAGAACAUUGUGAAAGGGGUUGAACAUAUUCCAACAAAUAGAGAUGAAGAUAAGGUAGAAGAGGCUAUUCGUAAAGGAUACUUAGUAACAGAUAAGGAGUUUCUUAGUCAGGGAGUAAGUAGUGGAGCUUGUGCAGCCAGUGUGUUGCUCAAAAAUGGAAAUUUACACGUAGCUAACGUGGGAGAUUGUAGAGUAGUUCUCAGUAGAAAAGGAGUAGCUGAUGUAUUAACGAACGACCAUCGUUUGACCACAAGAGAGGACGAGCGCCUUCGUAUUGAGAAUUCCGGAGGUUUUGUUCACUGUCGCAAUGGAGUUUGGAGAGUUCAAGGGUCACUUGCAGUCUCAAGAGCAAUUGGGGAUCAACAUUUGAAAGAAUGGGUUAUUUCUGAGCCAGAAAUCAAAACUCUUCCUUUAACUUCUGACUGUGAAUUUUUUAUAGUAGCCUCUGAUGGACUGUGGGACAAGGUAUAUGAUCAGGAAGCGGUGGAUAUUGUCCUAAGAGAAAACUCAAUAUUGAAGGCUUGUAAAAAGCUUGUAGAUAUGUCUUCAAGUAGAGGGAACAUGGAUGAUAUUACGGUCAUGGUGGUCAACCUUCAUAAUUUUGUGCAAAUAUAGCAACUUGUUAGUGAUCCCAAAAUGUCAAUAUUACGCCCUCGCUAUAAUUUGCUUAAUUAAUUAUUUAUAGAAUAUUUGGUACAUAUAUAUUGCUGGUUCUUAGAUUUUCUGUAUCGGAACAAUUUUGCCCCAAACUAGCUAGAAUAAUGCACUACUUUUGUUUAAUUUAA